AUGACCAUCAUGAUCGGUGACGCUGUGCUGGUCUCGCAUGGCUUGUCACUGCUGGAUGCGAAGGUGAAGGAGUUGCGUGACGCCGAGACAGAAACAGCAAAUCCAGCCCAGGUGUUGGUACAGUACCUGGUGGACUCUGACCGACCAGACGAGUGGGUGACGCGCGAUCGCGUGCUAGAAGACACACAGAGCAACCGGGAGAAGAUCAAGGCAAUUAACCAGAAGAAAAGCGAGACUGUCAGUCCUUCCGUCUCCCUUGAGAAGCUUUUUGGCCCCAAACGACUGGACGCAAUAGCUGCGUGGAUGAACUCCGUCGACGUGACUUUUACUCGCUUGGAUAAGGAUGUCAAAAACCUAAUCGAACACCAGGCAAACCAAGCAGCCCAACUGAAGGAAUUGGAGCGAAGGAAGAAAGAGGCAAUGGAAAAGAAGGCAGAGCUGCACGCUUCCGUUCUCAAUGACCUCAAGAGAGUCAAAGUCGCGGAGGAGACGGCAAUGGCGCGGAAACGACUUCAAAAUGCUGGGGUUGCUCAGGAAGAGAUCGACGCCAUCCUCCCUGUAAUACCUCACGAAGACUAG